AUGCCUCGGCGGUUAAGAUGGAUUCUUCCAGCUAUUCGAUUUGCGACCGACUCGCGGCAAUCUUAUAAAAUCUCAAGUUCAGACUCAGACUUGGAGGAAAAAAGACUUGAGCAACCAGAUCUAUAUGGCGCCCUAUGGUCAACUGGUUUGCUUGACUCUAGCAACAAGCGGUUGAACGAGCCAAAAUUGUUAGAACUAUCAGAUGACAUUCGAUCUCACCUUGUUGAAGAUGCUUCGCUAGGUCCCAGAGCCGGGGUCGUCAAGAGAGCUCUUCGCGAGUUGGUGAGAGACGAGAGCAGUAUCAUGCCAACCAUGGAUUUUGCGAUAAUCCAAAAUGCUCGACUGGAUAAACUUCUCUCUGAUAUACUGACGUUGGGACAUCAGCAAGCCUCGUCCCAUCCCCGACCUCGGAUUGAUGUAGUCAUGGCUGAGAGACUGCAGAGGCUAUGGAUGGCUAGAUUUCGCGAAAAAUACUUCAACAUUGAUCAGAUCCGACAUCAAAAUUUGUCAAGCACUGGUAUUCUGAAAGACGUCGAGCUAUGGCAGGCGAAGAAGUGUAGGACCCUGUCGGAGCUUGAGUGGAAUCUCCAGUUCAAACCAGGGCAGUAUAUCAUCCGGCGAUACAGUCAUAAGCAGAAUUUACAGACUCGCCUGCAUCGAACCGUCAUCACAUUGGAGAGAAUCCCCGGCCAGCCGAACAUAGCAGACCUUGCCAAAGUGCCUCGCCCCUCGCAAAAAUUGAUGAAGGCACAAGAACGCAUGGAGCGGCGACAAUGGAAACGCGCUCUCGAGGUUGGCGCUGCUUUGACGACGGCCCGACAUGCAAGAUACAGCUACGGAAUGCGUGACAUGGGGCUCAAGGAAGAUACCCAGGAUAACCCAAAUCAUUAG